GUUGUUAAAAAUAGGAAAAAAAUACUACUUAACACGUGAAACAAUAAUUACAGAAAAUGGUUUCAAAAAUGGCUUACAAGGCUGAAGAAAAAUGGAAGGUGAAAAUCAACAACCAUCUAAAAAAGAAAAAAAAACAUCAAUUAAAAAGGAGAAAGGAGGAAAAUGAGAAGCACAGUGACAAUGAUGAAAUUGAAGACAACCAGUCCCAAGAAGCAAAACCAAUUAUUGAGGAAGAUAAACAAAAAGAAUUGAUUGAAGAAGACAACAAAGAGAUAAGUGAACAAUUGCCGGGCUCAUCGAUUGGUUAUCAAAUUUCGCAAGACAAAUCUUUUGCUGUUCUCAAAGACAAAAUUGACGAUAACAUAUUGAAGGCAAUAACAGAAAACUUGGAGUUCACAACUAUGACGGAAAUACAAGCACAAGCAAUUCCACCGCUUCUUGAAGGAAGAGAUCUCAUUGGUGCAGCUAAAACUGGCUCUGGAAAAACUUUAGCUUUUCUAAUACCUGCUGUCGAUCUCAUGUUUAAGCUCAAAUUCAUGCCACGCAAUGGUACUGGAUGCAUAGUUCUUUCGCCAACGCGUGAGUUGGCAAUGCAAACUUUCGAGGUUCUCAAAGAAUUAAUGGAGUUUCUUCCUCAAACUUAUGGUCUUUUGAUUGGUGGUACAUCGAGGCAAACUGAAGCCAAGCAAUUGGCCAAAGGCAUCAACAUCAUUGUAGCAACACCCGGCAGAUUACUCGAUCAUUUACAAAACACUCCAGACUUUUUGUACAAAAAUCUUCAAUGUCUAGUUAUUGAUGAAGCUGACAGAAUUCUCGACACUGGUUUUGAAGAAGAGCUUAAACAGAUCAUCAAUAUUUUGCCUAAAAGAAGACAGACAAUGAUGUUCAGUGCUACGCAGACAAAAAAAGUCGAAGCACUCAAAGCGUUUGCUUUAAAAAAAGAACCCGUUUAUGUCGGCGUUGAUGACAACAAAGACAACGCCACGGUAGAUACGCUAGAACAAGGCUACGUCUUAUGUCCCAGUGAGAAACGGUUUCUACUGUUGUUCACAUUUUUAAAGAAGAAUCGAACCAAAAAGAUCAUGGUGUUCUUCAGCUCGUGCAUGGCCGUAAAAUUUUAUCAUGAACUUUUAAACUACAUCGACUUGAAUGUUAUGUGUAUUCACGGCAAACAAAAACAAAGCAAAAGAACAACGACCUUCUAUCAAUUCAAAGAAGCAAAGGAAGGAAUAUUAUUGUGUACCGAUGUAGUUGCCAGAGGUAUUGACAUUCCUGCGGUAGACUGGAUUGUCCAGUAUGAUCCGCCAGAUGAUCCAAAGGAGUACAUUCACAGAGUUGGUCGAACGGCUCGCGGUAUAGAUACGUCCGGUCAUGCCUUGUUGAUUCUACGUCCCGAAGAAGUCGGUUUCCUUCGUUUUUUGAAACAAGCCAAAGUCUCUGUAAACGAGUUUGAGUUUUCAUGGAACAAAAUAGCUGACAUUCAACUACAGCUGGAAAAGCUCAUCGGGAAAAAUUAUUUUUUGAACCAAUCGGCCAAGGAAGCGUUCAAGGCGUACGUGCGCGCCUACGACUCGCACCACCUCAAGCAGAUCUUCGACAUCGAGACCCUGGACUUGGUGAAGGCAGCCAAGUCCUUUGGAUUCGUCGUGCCACCGAACGUCGAUUUGAAAGUGGGAGUGGGCAAGGAUUCGCGGCCACGCAAGCGCCUGGGCGGAGGUGGUUACGGCUACUUCAAGAACUUGAACGCCGAGUCCGGGGCUGUCAAGCGAGUCCAGCGCACCAAGACCUUCAGGCAAGUUGGCAAGCCCUACAACAAAAACGACAGGCGUCAGUUUUCGAGGUGAGGCACGGCCGAUUGGAGAGAGUUGUUGUGUUGACUGUACUGUGUGGAAUAGGUACUGAUUAUUUUUUUUCUCCAAAUAAACAAGAUUUGUUUCUCUGCAACAAAAAUGGAGGUUCAUUUUACAUUUUUUUUUUUUUUUUUUUUUUUUUU